CUGGGAGGACCGGGCCGUUGGAGGACCAGGCGUUGGAGGACCGGCGAUGAUGGCGGCUGUCCCGGCCACACGGCACCGUCUGGGAUCAUUAGCGGCCCUGUGCCGGGCAGGCCCGCGUCUCACACGCCCCGCUUCAUAUUCCACGGGGCUGUCUAUCUCCUCGCCGCCUCCAGCCGCAGCUGCAGUCAGAAACCAUAGACCACCACCAAAAGAAAGACAAAGGAGAGAGCCUACGUUUCCAAGGACUGAAAAGAUGGAAGUGAACCAGGACUGGUGCAAUGUGUACCCAAUCGCUGCAGCGUUUAAACCUUCAGUCGUGCCUCUUCCUGUCCGCAUGGGCUAUCCAAUAAAGAGAGGUGUACCACCAGACAAAACCGGGAACCUGGAGCUUAUAAAAAUUCCAAAUUUUUUACAUCUUACCCCCCCUGCAAUAAAAAUGCACUGCACAGCUUUAAAAGAUUUCUGCACAGAAUGGCCAGUAGCUCUUGAUAAUGAUGAGAAAUGCGAAGAGCAUUUUCCAAUUGAAAUUAAGACGACGGAUUAUGUUGCAGCAGGACCUUCUGCCCGAAAUCCGAAUGCCAGAGUGGUCACCUUGACAAUCAGACUUUUGAAUCUCAACUUGGACGAGCAUGCCAAGAAGAAGCUCAUUAAACUUGUUGGAAAUCGAUACAACAAAAGUACAGAUCUACUUACCAUUACAACAGACAGAUGCCCAUCACGGCAGCAGAAUUGUGACUUUGCCCUCUAUUUGCUCACUGUUUUGUACCACGAAUCAUGGAAAAUAGAGACGUGGGAAUCUGACAAGACUGAAGCUGACGUGGAUGAAUUUAUUUGGGAGAAUAGUCGGUCUGAGAAAAAUGUCUUGGACACAGUCUGCAGGAUGAAAGAAGCAGAAAACCUCCCAUCAAUCCAAAAGGAAGAACUCGUUAACUCACCGGAAGUCAAAAGCUACAAGGAGUCAGUGGUGAAUAUUAAAAAUGACGGAGAAACAGAAGAUAGCAUUUUACAGUACAAAGAAUCUGUAAAAAAGCUGCUAAAACUGCAGACCGCAACAACAAAUAGCAUGUUCCAGAUGACAUGAUCAGUUUAUAUUCAUUUAGAAUAUUACCGAUAUAGACGAUGUCAUCAAUCUUGUCAUAUAAUUCAUGUCAUAUAAAGAGUCAUAUCUAGGGAAAAAAGUGUUAAAUGCUAACUUCUGGAAACUAAUGUAUUUUUUCUUUACAAAUGUGAUUGUGUUGAGAAUAUUACAAAUCUGUGGAUAAAAUGUUGCCAUUCA